GUCUAAGAUUUGCUAGCACUUUUAGGCCCGCUCAAGAAAAUUCGUUUGCUGAUUUUCUGCGAGCUCCAUCUUCGUGCAGGCCACCAACUGAAAUUUGAAACAGUGGAAGGAAUUAGGGCAAAGGACAUGGAGGAGGAUGGAGAACUAAACCGAAAAUCAAACCCUAAAAAGGUGGUGAUUCAAAUACCAUCAUACGAAGAGGUAUUACAGAGCUCACAGUCAAAGUCGCAAUCUUUGUUUAAGCCAUCACAGACUUUCUCUCAAGCCUUCUCUUUUAUCAAGAACACCGAGUUCUACACUCCUCCUCCUUCCGCCUCUACAUCUCAAUCUGCACCCGUCACAGAUGACGCUAGUGCGCCUUCUCCAUCUCCGUCGUCUGCUGUUGCUUCGUCUUCACCGAAAACUGGCCAGAGUCGCAAUGCAAUUCUUGUUAGCCACCGGCAGAAGGGAAACCCAUUGCUUAAGCAUAUCAGAAAUGUAAGAUGGUCUUUUGCAGAUGUAAUUUGCGACUACUUGCUUGGCCAGAAUUCUUGUGCUCUCUAUCUAAGUCUUCGAUAUCAUCUACUGCAUCCUGACUAUCUGUAUUAUCGAAUAAGGGAACUGCAAAAGAACUACAAGCUUCGAGUUGUUUUAUGCCAUGUUGAUGUGGAGGAUGUGGUUAAGCCUUUGCUUGAAGUCACUAAAACUGCUCUGCUUCAUGAUUGUACUCUGCUAUGUGCUUGGAGCUUGGAGGAAUGUGGCCGCUAUUUGGAGACUAUCAAAAUGUAUGAAAACAAGCCUGCAGAUCUUAUUCAGGGCCAAAUGGAUACAGACUAUUUAUCACGGCUAACGCAUACUCUCACAACUGUCCGACAUGUUAACAAGACUGAUGUAGUCACACUUGGGUCUACCUUUGGGUCCCUUUCCAAUAUAAUGGACGCAUCCAUGGAAGAUCUAGCUCGUUGCCCUGGCAUAGGAGAGCGCAAGGUGAAACGCUUGUAUGACACUUUUCAUGAACCAUUCAAGCGUGUUAUUUCCAGCCGCCCUGUUGUCCCGGAAACAUCCUCAAAAGGUAAUGAGCCUUCCUCCAUAAAUGAAGUUACGGAUGUGGAGAAGGAAGAUGAAGAUGCUAGCAAACGUAGGAAGAAAGAACCUGAACUAACAGUCAAAUCAGCCCUGUCUACUGCAUUUGCGAAAUAUGCUGAUAAAUUUGGUAAAAGGAAUGAUAAAUCACAUGGAGAGAAAGCAGGAGAAACAAGUGUUGCUGUUGAAUCAGGAGCUCUCAAUACGGACUCUGUUUACAUGACAGGGAGUUGAUCCUCUUUUUCCAGCAUUUAUCCAAUCUCAGUUGUGAAUUAUGAUUUAUGAGAUGGAACUGUCUCGGAUAUUGUCUGUUCUUGUCACUGCGAUGGCAAUUGCGUUAGUGAUGUACUAGAUUUCUUCUUCCACUACUUUGUAGUAGUUCAUCAGAAGGUUAUAGUGGAUUCUUUAGGCCCAAGUGUAACUUUAUUUUGUACAUACGUAGAAUGAUUGGGAAUAAGAUGAUGAUUCUUUACC